AUGAUAGCGCUAAGCCCGCACGACAGUCGUUUAAAAGCGAAAAAGUCGGAUUGCACGUUCGUGGAGAAGAUUCCACCAAGAAAACGAAAAUCAAUCAGUCGGGAAGAAGAGCUUGACAGACCUUCUGGUUCUACUGUGCGUCCAAAAUUCUCCGAGUCUACCGACCUUCGGAGAUCGCAGGAAACGGUCGUCGAAGAUUAUGCUAAUCUCAAGGGACCAACACUUCUCAAGCGAACCCUAGGUCUACAACGUCGGCACCACGGUCUCCUCAUCGGAUCAAGCGGCAGCGUUGAGCCAGUCUUUGCGACAGCAGAGAAGGUUCUUGCAAAUCCCAGCACGUCACAUGGCACAUCGUUUCAGCGUGUUGGGAACCAUGACGUGUUCAUGAUACGCCCCGAUCAAGGGACUGAGCAAUACGAAGAAGAAACUGCUGACCUCGACGCCAUCGAAGACCUUGUAGCCCCGCAUGGAAGGGCGUUGAUCAAUCUCUAUUUCCGAAUCGUGCAUCCUAGCUUUCCCAUCCUCCAUAAAAGAGUCUAUUUGGAGAAGUAUGACCGUACCCAUCGCGAGUUCUCCCCGGUACUGUUAGCCGCAGUUUAUAUCUUGGCCACAGGGUACUGGAGCUAUAAUCAAGAGCUUUCAGGCUCUCCAGCCCCAGACGUGAACGCUCUGGAGACUCUAGCACUAAAGUGUAUGAACUAUGCAGUCCAUAGACCGAAGCUAUCGACCGUCGAAGCAGGUCUGCUCCUAUUGCAGAGAUCGCGUGAGACAUUCUGGCCAUUCACUGCCCAGAUGGUGGCGGUCGGUCAAGACUUGGGCUUACACAAGGACUGCUCAAGCUGGAACAUCCCUGAGUGGGAGAGAGGUCUUCGGAAGCGGUUGGCUUGGGCAUUAUUCAUGCAGGAUAAGUGGGCGAGCCUGGUACAAGGGAGACCGUCUCACAUUAUUAUUGCAGACUGGAGUGUUGAGCCGCUAGUGGAGCAAGAUUUCCCCGAGAAUUUUGCCGACGAGAAUGACGAAGAAGGAAGCACUGAAGUAGAGAAGGGACGGAUACUCUUCACUUCUAUGGUAUCCUUGACACAGAUACUCUCGGGCGUCCUGGCAUCAUUGUACUCUGCAAUCGCUGAGUCUGACAUCCGGAACAGCUCUGAUGCCACGACAGGGGCGCUCAUGAAAGCGAAGCCUUUGCAAAUAAGGCUCAAAGAAUGGUAUGCUGAUCUUCCUCAAUGUCUGAACAUUGAGCAGGUAAAAUUUAGAAAGCUUUCUUCAAGUGGCUACCUGCUUUUAGCAUAUUGGGCAACAGAGAUUACCCUCCACAGAGCCAUUGUCCGCACUUUGGCCACGUGUGCGAAUCCCGAGCUUGUCAGUAUCUGCCGACAAGCUGCUCUUGCUCGAUCGAUGUCUUCAAUGGCAUUUGUCAAAGCUCUCAAGCCUGAACAUUGGCAAAGUUUCUGGUACUUUGCUUCCGAGUACAGUCUUGGGCUUAUUGGAAUUUUCGAAGCAUUGGUCUCUACGACUCUAGAGUCUACAAAAGACCUUGAAUCCAGUGUUGACAGGCUUGAUCAGUACCAAUGGACCUUGAAAAUGUCAAAGCACACUGCUGGGUUUCUGGACAAAUCCAUUGCUAUGAUAGGUCCGGCAGCAAAAGAUCUGAAGCAACGAGUCUCUUCUGUUGACAAUCUUUCAAAUGGCUAUCGUGAUCCUCCAAUCAAUGAGUCGGUAAAGCUACAUUCCCGGUCAACUCUUUCCAAUAUCUACCAGGCAGAAGACAAGCCUGACGACGUUUCAUCAGGGCAUAAUGAUCUGACUAUGUCACCCAUGCACACCAGUCCUUACCACCCUGAUGUCGGCGACUUUGCCUUCUUCAACGUUGACCUAGGCCUCGAACAAUCUUUUAUGGAAGAUGUCGCCACCUUCGAGUAA